AAACUUGUUGUCAAAAUCUUUACGAAGUAGCCUCCAGCGAUACAACAUUUUAAUUCAUUUCAUAUUUAUAUAACAAGAUGGUCCCAAAGAAGGAAUGAAAUGUGGGUGUCUGUUUUCUGUCUUGUUCAUGUUUUGGAUAUGUAAAGGAGUGCGCUAAGGAUACCACAGUCACCCUAUAGCUGACGUUCCAGAGUCACUUCAUUCAGAUCAGCCCUACUCCCACCUACAAACCCGGUCAACUGUGACCACUGGAUCAGGGAUCAGUCAUUGUUAUAUACCGUGUCAAAAUUUAUACAUUGCUCUUCGGAUUUUAAAACUGUUACAACCCAGAUGACUUUGCUCUCGGAAUACGAUCGCUAGGAAGUGUCCUUCGAAAAAUUUAGAUUAUUGAGAAUUAAUGAAGUCAAGACUGAUUGAAAAAUGGAUAUCUGGCAAGACACUUGAAAACAUUUUGAAAUUCUGAGUACGGUUGGACAAAAUGACGUCCGAAAAUUCAACCUCAUACGAUCAUUUGACACUAGCGGACCAUGGCGCUACUUCCAUGGCCGAACUGUACAUCGAAGGAACGAUUCUGAUCAUUAUUGCUCUGGUGGCGCUCGUUGGAAAUGUGUCGGUCUACUUCAUCGUUAUACGGAACAAGAAACUACGGACAAUCACAAAUUUCUUCAUCCUGGGACUGGCAGCGGCAGACAUUCUCGUUUCCAUAGCAAACAUGCCCGUGACCGUAGUGGCCCUGUUUGCCGGAAAAUGGCCUUUGGACUAUAUGUCUUGUUUGGUGUUUGGCUUCAUUAACAUGCUGACCUUGUGCUCCAGUGUGCUUUCCUUGUGUAACAUUAGCAUUAAUCGGUAUGUGAUGAUCUGUCGCCCUUUUCAAUCCAAGGUCAUAUACACCCAAAGGAACGCCGUGCUGAUGGUCCUAGGUGUGUACCUGUUAGCCUUCGUAAUUUCCCUGCCCCCGCUGUUCGGCUGGGCAGCCUACGCCUAUAUCCCCAUUCAGUCGUUCUGUUUCUGUGACUGGACUUUGGCACCAUCGUAUGCCAUCUUUAUGAUCAGCUGCUGUUUCGGAUUACCGUUCAGUGUUAUGACAGUGUGUAACAUCUUGAUAUUCUACAGCGCCAGGAAAUCCAACAAAAACACUAAAUAUUUCACCACAACAAAAGAAAAGAAAAAGGAUGCGCAAACUAAAGAGCUCCGACUUGCCAGUAUACUUCUGGUCGUUGUCAUCGCGUUCUUCAUCUCCUGGUGUCCCUACUGUAUCAGUAUGUUGCUGUCCAUUUACGCCCCUGGGGUCGCUCCCAGGGGCUUUCACAUGUUCACGAUCCUCGUGGGCUACGCUAACAGCGGUGUGAACCCCAUCAUUUACGGCGUUAUGAACAGGUCGUUCAGGAACGGGUUCAAACAACUGUAUUGCGGAUGGAUGGGUGUAACAAUAGAAGAGUCGACGGCCAUUGCCAGCAAUUCGGACGAACCCUCAGGAAUUCAACGAAAUGCAACGAGUGACUCUAGGCUGUCGGCAGCGGAGGAACUGGUGAUCAAAUCAUGAGUGAAGCGUAUCUUAUAUAUCAUAUGGAUUAUAUUGUUUGUUAUUAAUAUUAAAAGUGUGACGAGAAUGACAACAAAUGAAUGCUGAUAACGUUUGUUGAUAACAUUUAAAAGUAUAAUGGAAUGUUAGCAUUGUUAGUUGUCAACGUCAACGUUUACAGUAAACAGUUUACAGUAGACAGUUUACAGUUACAACAACUGAACGUUUACAAAAGUGACUUGCUUUGACAUUAAUAUCAUAUGCUUUUGGUUUCUUUUAAAUUCCACACAAUUUCUGUUUGAAUAUCUGUUGGUUGUAUUGUAUAUCAGAAGUCUAUGUCUUCUCAUAUAUUUAUUUGUUACAUGUAUUAAAUACGAUAAUCAC